AGCAGUGUUUUCUAAAAGCAAACCAGAAACAAACGCACCCUUGAUACGAGAAGAAGGGAGCAGUUGUGUAUUUCACUUGGAGAAAAUCCAUCUUAUUUUCCGCCUAUGCCUCCUCCGAUUCCAUCUCUUCCGCAAUUGCGCGAUCUCCAACCCAACCCCUAAAAACCUACCUACCAGGCUACCAUUCUCCAAUCUCCACCCUAGCCCCGCCGUCCCCGUUCCCCGACCUCGUCGCCCAUGGCGCCUCCUCCAGUUCCUCCCGCAUCCACCAGCCGCCUCCCAUCUCAAUGCUCACCCCGGAACCCCAACAGCAACCUAAACAGUGUCCUGCAGGACAUCCUCCUGGACCUGGAGGACAUCUUCCUCAAAGCAGUCUACAACGGCGACCUCCGCCUCGUCAAGAAGAUGGUAAGGGCGCUGGACGACGGGGAAGGCCGCAUCGCCCAGAAGAUGGGGGCGGUCAAGCACAGCAGCUUCGGCAUCGGCGUGCUCCACUUCGCCGCCCUCGGCAGGAGUCUGCCCAUGUGCCGGUACCUGGUCGAGGACCUCCGGAUGGAUGUUGACGACAUCUGCCCGGCCGGUGAAACACCUUUGACCUUUGCGAUUGGUUUUGAGAAUGUGGAUGUGGUUCGUUAUCUUCUCAAUCAUGAUGCUGAUACAGAAAAGCUCAACGAGGAUGGGCUUACUCCUCUCUAUGUUGCUGCUGCAAUAGGACAGUGUGAAAUAGUAGAAGUUUUACUCUCCAAAGGAGCUCAUAUUGAUGCAUUGAGUACUGGAGAGACAGCACUGCAUGCUGCUGCUCAUGGUAGGCAUGACAAUGUCGUGAAAAUUCUGUUGGACCACUGUGCAGAUCAUAACAAGAUAAAUUUUGGUGAUUGCACACCUCUUGUUUGUGCUAUUGAUGCGCGCUCACUGAAAUGUGUGAAACUCCUGCUUGAGGCUGGUGCUGAUGUGAAUUGUGUUGGGUUUGAAACACCCUUAAUUGUUGCUGCUGGAAUUGGCUUAACUGACAUCCUGAAGUGCUUAGUUCUGGCUGGUGCAGAUCCUAAUGUUCAUGACAGUUUUGGACGCACUCCUGUAGAAAUUGCUGCCUGUUACAGUACACGGAAAGAUGUUGAAAUCCUAUUUCCGGUCACUUCUCGUAUUCCUAGUGUCAGUGAUUGGAGUGUUGAUGGAAUUGUUAGCUAUGCUAAACCAGUACUCCCAUCAAAGGAAGUGAUGCUUGCUAUUACAAAAUCAGAAGCCUGUGAGGCGUACACGAAUACAGAUUUUCUUGCUGCAGUAGAAAAAUACACCAAGGCGGGGAUCUCGACCCCGAUGAUGCAUUCUUAUUCUCAGGUAGGAGCCUUUGCUGGUUUCAGUUGGAUGAAGGGCAGAAGGCCUUGAAGGAUGCUGAAGCUUGCAGGAGGAUGCGUCCUGACUGGCCAAAGGCCUGCCACCUCCAAGGAAUUGCUCUAAUGUUACUGAAGGUGGAAUAAUUUGUUCCGCUUAGUUCUGCAUUUUCUGUAGUGAAUCCAUAUUUUUUGUGUGCUAACUUUAUGUACAGGAUUAUGAAAAAGCAUGUAGCGCAUUGCUUGAUGGUCUUAAAUUGGAUCCUUGGAAUGACCACAUCGAAGAUGAUUUACGGUAUCAGAUUUUUUCUAUUUGGUUACAUUCAGGUCUAGUUUGAAAUGUUGGCCUCAUGAUGAUUUUCAAUUCCUCGCUGCAAUAUAUCUCAUUGAUACUGUUAUAUUAAAAUAUCUAACUAUUGAACAUCAGGUGGAUCAGAUAGUCCCAAUUAUACUGCAACGCCAUGCUUCCUUUUUUUUCUUUCUUGUGAGUUAUUUCAAAUGCGGGCCACUUAGAGGCCUAUAUGUGGACUUCUUUGCUUAACAGUCAAAUUCAAAUAUGCAGGCAGGCAAUGCAAUUCUUGCAGAUGCGUCAUAUACUUAAAAGGAGCAAGGUCAAAGAUAUAUGAAGAACUUGUAGAGGAUUUGCAGUUGUCGCUGGAAAAAAAGUAGAUCGAUUUUGCUGGUUAUUACAGUUUAACUGAAGUACUCGAGGGAGCAAGUAGAUUACAUUAAUUUCUUUGUGAAAGUGUCGUGACUGCUUUCGGGGGCAAGCAUCAUUUCUGCGUGUUUUAUCUGAGUACCUCUCCAUGAAUGGCGACUAUUCUUGGGAGGGCGGAACCACACCCAGGGCAACUAAGGGCAUCUCCAAGGGUUGCGGGCGCCUGCCAAUUGAACACAACAGCCUUCAUUGUGGCCGCCUCGGCCGGCAUGCUGAAUAGGGCGGCGCCCGGGUGCUGCAGCAGAUGGUGGAUGGGGUGGUGCGGCCGGCACGAGCAGGACAGCAGCGGCGGCGGCUUGCUUCAGCAUGCGUGCCGCGGCUCGUCGCUGCGCCCAUUGCCGGCUUGCUGCGGUCAGCGGCGGGCGGGAAGUCAGCGGGGGAGGUUGUCUUCCAUGGCGUAGCGGGGCGGCGGCGAGGAGAAGCUCGGGCACUGCAGCAGGAGGUGGAAGGGAUGAGGAGCAGCAUUGGAGAUGGAGGUGGAGGGGAGGCACGGGAACAAGCAUGAGAGAAGCAGGCGCGGGGGAGAGGACAGAGGAGAAAGAGAAAAGAAAGCAAACAUUAUUUUUAACCAAAUAUGCUGAUGUGGCGUUCUUCGCAGACAGUGUCGGGCUCGCCAAAUUUGGCUUGAGUUUGGCUAGUCCGCGGACAAACUAACGGAUUGGGUUUCAUUGGGUUGCAUUUUCUUGUCCGUGGACAAAAACAGACAAAUGGCAAAUGUUUGGCUAGUGUCCUUGGAGAUGCCUUAAGGCUGUAGGCCUAGGUGUGUGGUAACUAAUACGUGUACAAAUCAUUAGUGAUUUGGCAAAAAAAAAAUUACUCUCUCCAUUUCAUAAUUC